AAUUGUCAUUCACUUUUGUGAAACCGCUGGAGAAAUGUCCGAUUCCGCCGGCGAUAAUUUAAAACUGCGAGUUGUGGUUUUAGGAGGGUGCGGCUUCAUCGGUCGGAACCUGGUGCACUACUUGAUAAGUAACGACUUGGUGAGCGCGCUCCGUGUGGUUGAUAAGACUCCGCCGCAGCUCGCGUUUCUGAAUCCCGCUCAUACGAAGUCGUUUGAAGACCCUCGAGUGGAAUAUAAGAGCGCAAAUUUAAUAAAUCCAACAUCAUGCGCAUCAGCAUUAGAACCGACAUCUGGCCCCUGGGAUCUCGUCGUCAACUGCGCGGGGGAGACCAGGGUCGGGCAGACGGAGGCGGUCUACUCGGAGGGGAUACUAACCCUCAGCACGAACGUGGCGAAGGAGUGCGCUAAGAUCAAAGUUAAUAGACUGGUGGAAAUAUCUAGUGGACAGAUGUAUAGCAGCGAUAAGCCUCACAAAGAAGAUGGUCCCAUCGAGCCCUGGACCGUGGAAGGCAGGAUGAAGAGUAAAGUUGAGAAAGAGUUGAAGAACUUGGAGUCAGAAUUGAACUAUACAGUAUUACGACCAGCCAUAGUGUACGGAGUGGGAGAUAGACGGAGUUUAACUCCCCGCCUCCUCUACGGAGGCAUUUACAAGCACCUCGGUGAAACAAUGAAACUCCUCUGGACUGCUGACCUCAAGAUGAAUACGGUCCACGUGUCAGACGUGUGCAAAGCAAUUUGGACCUUAGGCACUCAGCCUGAAGCUCAAAGUCAAGUGUAUAAUAUCGUGGAUGAAGCUAAUAGCUCGCAGGGCAGCCUUGCUGAACUAGUGUCCGAGAUAUUCAAGAUCAAUCAUGAUUAUUAUGGCACAGCUAUUUCUACUUUGGCUAAGAACGACAUAGCCUCCGUAGCUGAAGAAGCGAACGACAAACACCUCACAGCAUGGGCGGACAUCUGCCGCAAGUACAAUCUAGAACAUUCUCCGCUAGAGCCCAGCGCUAGCACGGAGCUGCUGCUGAAUAAGCAAUUGUGCCUCGACGGGAGCAAGAUUAAGGGUAUAGUGGGGCUGGAUGUGCCGAGGCCAAGAGUUAAGGAACUGUUAGAAGUACUGCAAGACUACGCUUCCAUGAAUCUCUUCCCCAAGGAGUUACUUCUAUGACCAUAAUUAGGGAAUAAUAAAUUGAGAACAGCUUAAAAGCGCUUUUCCCUUGAAAAUAGAUAGGGUUGCCAAAAUUCUUUCUUAAAUGUUAAUUGAAAAUAAGAUAUAAAAUAUGCUUAAAUUUUAUAUAAAAGAAGUAAUAAUCAUAUUAUACAAAGUUAUUCUUCCAGUAUUUCGGUAAAUAUUAUGUUAUUAAAUAUUGUAUUUUUGAAUUGUCUUCAAUAAUAUUGCAUACUUCUAUGACGGAACAAAUAUAAAAAAAUAUAUUAUAACAGUUGGCAACCCUAACUAUAGAUAUAAGCAACCAGAGCUUAUGAAGACAAGUAUUUUUCUAAAUUAUAAACUCGACAUCGUUUCAAAAUUCUGUGAUAGUCUUGAAAUUUUUAACAUCAUUAACCGGUAGUUUUAAAUGUAUAAGACUGCAGAUGCCAAAAGCAUUUAACGUUCACCUAUUUUUUACUAAAUUUCAUCUUCCUUGUUGAUAUAAUACAUAAGAAAUUAUUCAUUCUUUUAGAAGCGCUUUUAAAUAUAAAGAACACGUAAAUGAUAAUAAUUAACUAAUAAAUGUUUAGUCGCGAUCUUUAUAAACUAAUUUAAGACUAAACCUCGAUAGGGAACCAAAAUAGUUAAUUAAUAAGGACCACAUUUAAGGUACCACCUGUUCUGAAAACAGUUUCUAAGAAUAUAUGCAUGAUGAUGUAGGACAAACUUGAAUCAAUUAAAAUACAAUUUUAUAUAAAUCUUUGACUCUAUUCCAUCCUACCAGUUAUUGUGUGAGAUUUUACGAAAAAAUAUUCCUCCUUAUAAUAUAUUAUUAAAAAUAUUCCUAAUGCAGUACUUAAACUCGGUACUUAAUGUUUACAAUUUUAUGUAGAAAAAAUUCUUCCGUUUUAUGUUUACCGCUAUGAAAUUUAUUUUUAUUUUUAAAUUACCAUUAGUUUAUAGAUCUGUCAUUUUAUUUUAAGGAAACGUUUUAUUUGUAAGCUUAGCGUAAGCUUUUGUAUCUGUGUAUUUUCUUUGCAUCAAAAUUCGCUCAAUUUUAUAAAAAUACAUGCAUUUUUGAAUUGCUUUUGUUAAGUGAUAUCGCUUUUUAGUAAAAUUUUAUGAAACGAAGUUUCCUAUGUUUUGCAUUUGUAGAUUUGACUGUUGGUUUUGCGUAAUGGAUUCGUGUGAAAUAUACCUACGUACUUAUCUUAUUUGCGUAAUAAAUGAUUGAAAAUUUA